CAGGCUGCGCGACGGCUCGGCUCGGCGCGAGUGAGAAGGAGAGAAUCGCCAGGCAGCAGGAAGUGGGCGUCUAGGUGGGGGGGGACAUCGAAGGCAGUUGAUUCGGUGGUGGCUACAUGUGGGUAUCCGCCGGUCGCGACAAGGAGAUAUUUCGUGCUAGGGAGCAGAUACAAAACUUCUUCCUGCUGUAUCGCCGAGGGACGGGUACUGUGACGAGCUGCGCGAUCGAGAACACUUCACCGUAGCCAUGCAGAUGGAUCCAACGACGCUGCAGCUAAUCCAGGUCCUGGAAAGGACCGUCUCGUCGGAUAAAAAUGAGCUGGUGGCUGCCCAGAGCUUUCUCCAACAAGCGGCUGAUGCUAAUCUCCAUGAAUUCGUACAACGACUCAGCGCUGUGCUGUUCACAGUUGGCGCGAGCCCCAUUGCCCGUAUGGCAGCGGGCUUACAGCUCAAGAACCAACUUACCUCCAAGGACCCUGAUAUGAAAUUCCAGUAUCAGCAACGCUGGCUUGCUAUUCCUGCUGAAACAAGGGAAUAUAUCAAGAAAAAUAUUUUAGGAGCGUUAGGAACUGAGAACAAUAGGCCAAGUUCUGCGGCGCAAUGCGUCGCUUACGUCGCUGUUGCUGAGUUACCUAUGGGGCAAUGGAAUGAAUUGAUAGAGGUGCUACUCAAUAAUGUCACCAACCCGUCCAGUACCGACAUAAUGAAGGAGGCCACUCUAGAGACUAUCGGAUAUAUCUGCCAAGAGAUCGAGAGCGAAGUAUUAGUAUCACAAUCAAACCAGAUUCUUACUGCUAUUAUUCACGGCAUGAAUGGUUCGGGUACGUCGAAUCAUGUUAGAUUGGCGGCCACAAGCGCGUUAUAUAAUUCGCUCGAGUUCACCAAAGGAAAUUUCGAGAAAGAGUCAGAGAGAAACUUCAUCAUGGAAGUUGUGUGCGAAGCCACUCAGUCCACUAAUACACAAAUCAGAGUAGCUGCAUUGCAGUGUCUUGUGAAAAUUAUGUCUCUCUACUAUCAAUACAUGGAACCAUAUAUGGCACCAGCACUCUUUCCUAUUACCUUGGAGGCUAUGAAGUCUGAUAUCGAUGAGGUGGCACUGCAGGGAAUUGAAUUCUGGUCGAAUGUAUCUGACGAAGAAGUCGAUUUGUCGAUGGAAGAAAGCGAAGCAUCGGAAGGAUGCCGGCUGCCGUUAAAGGUCUCGCGACAUUACGCUAAGGGGGCUCUACAGUUUCUAGUGCCGGUGCUCAUGAAAAAGCUAACUAAACAGGAAGAAUUUGACGAUGAAGACGAUUGGAAUCCUUCUAAAGCCGCUGGUGUCUGUUUGAUGCUGUUGUCCUCUUGCUGCGAAGAGAGUAUCGUUCCAUUCGUUCUUCCAUUCGUUAAAGACAAUAUCAAGAGCCCUGAUUGGAGGUAUAGAGAUGCGGCUCUGAUGGCUUUCGGUUCUAUCCUAGGAGGAUUAGAACCCACCACCUUGAAACCGUUGGUGGAACAAGCUAUGCCCACCCUUAUCGAAUUGAUGUACGACAACAGUGUGGUCGUUCGAGACACGGCUGCGUGGACGUUCGGCCGUAUUUGCGAGAUCAUUCCAGACGCCGCGAUAAACGAAACUUACCUGAAGCCGUUGUUGGAAUCCCUGGUAAAUGGACUGAAAGCCGAGCCGCGUGUCGCUGCGAAUGUGUGUUGGGCGUUCACGGGGUUGGCAGAGGCAAGCUAUGAGUCCGCGGAGGCCACUGAGGACGGCAAUCAGCCAGAAACUUAUUGCAUGUCUCAGUACUUCGAUUUUAUCGUUCAACGACUCUUGGAAACUACGGAUCGACCGGAUGGAGCGCAGGCGAAUCUGAGAUCUGCCGCUUACGAAGCGCUGAUGGAGAUGGUGAAGAACUCGCCGCGUGAUUGUUACGUGACCGUGCAGAAGACCACAAUGGUGAUACUGGAGAGAUUACAGCAAGUACUACAGAUGGAGUCGCAUAUACAAAGUCAUUCGGAUCGUGCUCAGUAUAAUGAUUUGCAGUCUCUUUUAUGUGCAACUCUACAGUCAGUACUACGUAAAGUUACUGCUGAGGAUGCGCCGCAGAUAUCCGACGUAAUCAUGACCGCACUGCUAGCCAUGUUCAGCUCCAAUUCUUGCAAGGCAGGUGGUGUUCAGGAAGACGCACUCAUGGCUGUCUCCACUCUCGUCGAGGUGCUCGGCGAAGGUUUCUUGAAAUAUAUGGAGGCAUUUAAGCCGUAUCUUUGCCUUGGUUUGAAGAAUCACGCGGAAUAUCAAGUAUGCUGCGCUGCGGUUGGUUUAACUGGCGACAUCUGCCGUGCCCUCAAGAGUAAGAUGUUACCCUAUUGCGACGAGAUCAUGACACUGUUGCUCGAGAAUCUUGGCAACAACGCGGUCCACCGGUCGGUGAAACCCCAGAUCUUCUCGGCCUUCGGCGAUAUCGCGUUGAGUAUUGGUCCAGAAUUCAAAAAGUAUCUGGACGUCGUGCUGCAGACCUUGGUGCAGGCGUCGCAGGCUAACGUUGACAGAAGCGACUACGAUAUGAUCGAUUAUCUGAACGAAUUGCGUGAGGGCGUGCUCGAAGCUUACACUGGCAUAGUCCAGGGUCUUCGUGGAGAUGCGAACAACUGUCCAGACGCCGCUAUCACUUUUAUCGAGCCGCAUGUGCCGUACAUUUUGCAAUUCAUUACCGCCAUAGCCCAAGACCGCGAGCACUCCGAGGGUAACGUGUCAGCCUCUGUGGGCUUAUUGGGUGACCUCGUUACCGUGUUUGGAGCCAAACUACUGCCGAUGGUAGAAACCGAGCCGCUCAACGAGCUGUUGACCAAGGGUCGGAAAUCACGCACUCAUAAAACUAAAACUUUGGCAACCUGGGCCGCAAAGGAGAUUCGAAAGCUCAAGACCGCCGCCAACGCUACGUCCAGUUGAUCACCCCACGGUUGUACUGUCGUGCAAUUUGAUUUGACUAGAAAGCUAUCAAACACAAUACAAAGACAACAAGAUUGGAUGUUGCGGAUGCGAGUUGAUGGAUGUGCGUGAGUUCCGAAGCGAUGACGAGAUGGGGUGAUGAGUCUGCACGUGUCCCUAUCCUGGCGACGGUAUUUUAUCGAUAUCGGCGUCGAAUGCAGCCUAUGAUCCGAGAGAAAGGGUAUUUAGCGAGAAAGAGAGUGAGCGAGAGUGAGCGAGUGAAAGAACGAACGAACGAACGAAAGAGAGAGAGAGAGAGAGAAAGAAUAAAUAAGUACCUGUCUGCCGAAUGCCGACAAUGGAUGAUGAGGAGUGCAAGUGAAUGUUGCCGAUGAAUGAGCCAUGGCCGAAGCCUGCUGAGAGAUGUUGCAAGUAUGUCUGGUAAACGAGUCUGCGGCUUCUACGUCCGCAUGAUUGAGAGAUUAAACCUGUUGAGAGAAUAGUCGACUUCGAUGGAUGGAGUGAUGAUCAUGAAUUGUGAGAGGAAUGAACGAAAGAAGAUGUGAGAGAGAGUAAGAUACCACAAGUGUGAUGCAGCAAAACCGAGAGAGGUUGAGCGGAGAGUACAUGUGUGAGUGAAGAAGAGUGAGAGCGAAAGAGACUUGAGGAGAAUUUUGGAUGAAUAAAGUGGUAGCGUGAGAGAUAUGAGAAAGAAAGAGAGUGAAAGAUACAGUAAAAUACAAACGUGUGUACGCAUGAGUGUGAGAGAGAAAGAGAGAAAGAACGAGAGAGAGAGAGAGAGAGAUCUUUUGCUUCACAGUAAUUUACAAUUGACACGUUGCGAAGCCCUCGUCGAGCUUUUUAAUGAUGUGCGCCAGAUUCCGAAUCACGUCUAUAGCUGUCAGUGCUGAGAGUCGAAUUUUAUGCACGUAUGAAAGAUUUCGGUUUCUUGUGCAGUCAGAGUGACGUAUGAAUGAGUAACGAAGGAGAGAAUGAGACGAGGGGAGAGAGACAGGGUGAUUGAAAAUGAGAGAAAGAGAGACUGAAUGUGAUAGAUCGGGAGGAUUCGUUGUGGAUGAACCCUGGUCCGAUCGUGCUGCGCGAAUAUUCGCGUGAUCUGUUGUAGUUGUAUGAGCCGAGAUGUUGUGUAUGUUACUUUUCCCCGUACGUGAAUGUUGAUCUGUUGGUUCAUUAAAGUUAAUAUUUUGCUGGUAUAAGUGAUUUAGUUGUACCGAAGUCCUCGUCCGGCCUUAAACGUCCGUAGGAACAAAUGAUAUCGAGUGCUCAAGAUCAACCCCUCACCCCCAUUUCUACCCCCCUCAAAAACACUCUCCUUUUGCUCUGUAACCCCCUUCGAUAUACUACACAUCCCUCUUAGUAAUCGAGCACUUUACGCGAUCACGGUAUUCGCAAGUAGCGCCACAGACGAGAAGAAAGAUAGAGAGAAAGAGAGAGCUUUUCGCACUGCCAUUGGAACAACGCUGCACGGCUUGUCCAGACAAUUUUUUAAACACUCAUUUCUUCCUUCCAUGUGAGACGUCUGAGGCGCACUGCAAAUUCACUCGAGUCUGUUUUUGGGUGAGAUCAUCGUCUUCCCGGUCGCACGUUACCGUGCAGGGGCGUCCCGUGAUGCUUUUGCAUGACGGAAGGGCCCCUUCACGGCUCACCAGCACUUUGAAGCGAUACCGUAAUCGCGUAAACUAGUCGAGUCGCGUAAUUAACGGGUAAUUGACAUAGCCUAGUGUCGCUUGGAGAAAUAGAGUAGAGUGAAUCUCUUCCUGAACGAGAGAACGCGCGUGGAGAAGGCGAUACUCGCUGCAUUCGCGCAAUCACAAACAACUCCUCCACGUUUGAUCACACAGGUUGUCUCAACUAUCCCGUACUUCUACCUCCGCUUAUACCGCGUGCUUGAUGACACGUAGCCAGCGCCGUGCCGACCGCGAAUCGUGUUCAGUGUAGAGUCCAUUGCCUAUUUUUUCGGAAACUGGAUUAGAUGUGUAAUAUGUCACAAGUGUAGAGCGACAUUCCGUCAAAAAGAGGCCGGCCGGUCGGUGUGCCGCAACAAUGCGAUGCAAAGGUUACGUCGCGUCGUCGAGAAACGUGUCUGUGGUAGUGCCAUGCAUUCCAAAUACUUUUGCCAGCGGGUGUGCCGGUACUUUUCGUAAUUUGAGUAUUUUAUAACGCGAUUCCAUUCGUAUACCUUAUCCCUCAUCCCUUACUCGUAUCCGCCUCUUAUGUGAAUUUUGGAGUGUGAGAGAGGGUGAUGUAUAAUGACGUAGCGUAGGAGUCUCAAGUUCUCAAGCUUAAAACACGGGGCAAGCGUGUUUUGACAAAACAUGUCAGCGUGGAAACGCACAAUUCUCUGGCACUCAUCCGAUAAAAUGAGACUGUGAGAAUGUUUCGGACGAUCACACGUUGGCUGACUUGUUAUGUACCUUGCGUCUCUGGCCAGAACUCGUGCGACUUGAAUUUUCUCGUCGAUGAAACCGAUGCACGUACAAAACGACACGUUCUCCGCGGUGAUUUUUAUACUCGUGGAUUAUAUUUUGCAAUGUGAUGACGUCUGUUGUAUAUAUUGUCCCGCAUAAGUGUUGCCACACGAUAUUUCGUAGCCUGGGUUUUUACGAGAAUCAUUUUAGGUCGCGUCCAGUGUACGUGCGAUUUAUAGAAAGAAAGAGAGAGCGAGAAGAAAGAUUAAUCUAUUUGUUUUUAUUUGUUGGAGCGGUGUGUAUACAUCAAUUUUUGAUUUACAUAUUUGAUUUUUAUUUACAUAUUUGUUAGGUCAUAUAACGAUUAAAUACAAUGAUAAUGAUGGACUAUUCUCGGUAGGUAAUUUGUAACAUAUUGCCAAAUUGUAAAUAAGCAAAUGAGACAUUUAAUUACCGAUUUGAAAUAUCUAUCGAUAUAUUAAUGUUUAAUAGAAUACACAGGGAGGACGAAUAUAUUUUUUUUAGUACCUCUUUCACAAAAGGGAAGGAUAUAAACUAUUUUUCUAUGACAAGAUUCUCACAAAUUGUAAAGUAAAACUAAUGUCUUGUCGCGGAUUGAUGGAUUUCCUUCUUGUGAAAAAAAACACAGGAAAAUAUCUCGAGUUUGUGGCAAUAUUUAUCCGAGGAAUUGAUUCUGUAUGUAUUUUAAGGCUACCGCGGUGCUAUUUGUUCAAUAGCGAAUGAUUUUCCAAAAUCUGUCGGAAGCAUUUUUGUACCUUUUUUUUUGAAUUAAUAAAUUGCAGAAUAUGAUACUAUAUA